UGCAUCGGCUGACACACGAAGCGCUGCGAACAAAUGUGUGAAGUGAAAAUGGCAUUUUAAAAAUAACUACGCAGUGUAUCGAAGUGGAUGUCAGUACAUUUAACGCGUACGUCGUCGUUGUGUGAAUCUUGUAAAAACCAUGGAAAUUUGUUAAAUAAGACAAAUGGAAGUUGUUUAGCUUAAACAGGUUAGUUCGGAAAGCGUGAGCACUACCUCUAUGAAAAUCUUUGCCGAACAAAGGUCGAAACGCGAUGUCGGUGAAAUCGUACUUGAUGCAAAGAUAAUAUUGAGUGUAAAGUAAAAUAGGCUUGUGUUAAAUUCAAGUUCGAAAAUUCCUCUGAGGGCUGAUAAUAAGAGAGAAAAAGACUUAAAAUUUGAAAAAGAAAGGUUCUGGGGUUAAUAAGUGAUUUAAAUUAAGUGCAGUGCUGAAGUGAAAAUUUGCCAAAAAAAAAUUUUUUAAGUGAAAUUUCUCACUUUUUCAUUUUUCGUUGCCCAUCCUUUGGUAUUUUCUUCCACAUUUGCGCUGUCAUCACCAUUUUGACAACCAUUCCACGCUCUUCUAUUAAUUGCAUAUGUGUUGGAAUGGCGUGGUGUUUAUUUCUUUUGGAGUGUAUGCGUGUGUGCUAAAGUGGUGAGUUCGCAUGUAAACGGCUGCCAUCUGACGAAUGCUACGAAGCAUAAAAUAGGCGCGUGAUUUCCAUGUGUUGUGUAUAGAUACUUCGAAAUACAAAGGAAAUAUUUAAUACGUCCAAAAAAUUAACAAAUGCUCCUGCAGUUAUAUGUAAGAUCAAUAUUUCAAGAAAUGACUAAUUGAAAAUAUAAAAAAUCGCCCCAAAAGUGGUUAUUACUUUUCUACGACAAAUAAGUGCGUGUAUAUUCAUUUAGUGCCUGGAUUAAUAAAAUCAAAAGUGGUCAAGUGCUAAUGCAAUUAAAGAUAUCACAAAGUUUUGAGAAAAUGGGCACAACUGCGAAUGUGUUUACUUUAACAACAACAAUUAUACCAUCAGUGGCAACUACAGGGCUUACUGCUACUCAAAAGUACGCGACAAGUUGACCGCGAUUUCGAUGAACAGCAUUUUCGCGCUUAAGCGUAUUAACCCUCUCCCACCGUAUUUUAUGCCUUAUUACUAAUACUUUCGCGAGUUAAUCGUCUUUUCCACAUUUAGCAGGAAAAAUAACUUUACGUUAUUCCUACAAUACGUACAUCUGUAUGUAUUUGAAAAAUAAGUCGGGGAAAACAAAAAGCUAUCAAGGCACCAUUCUUGCGAAUGACAAUAGUGCGACCCGCUUGCCACUGGGAAAGUAGCCGUCGGUUGUCAAACAAGUUUAGCACGUGGAAAUGUCACAAUUGAAAGAAUUAAAAUCUACAAAAACUAUUUCUUAAACCAAAAAUUCCAUACAAAAUAUACAAAAUUUAAAUACAAAGCGUUUCCACAGAGGAAAAAAAUUCAAUAAGAGCACUACAGUAGCGAUUUCCAUUGCAAACACUUUGCCAUAAUGAGUCGAUAUUAUAACAAUAGUAGCGGUGGGAGCAGCACCAAAGCGCUAAAUUUGACCGCUAGUGCCACUUCCAAAAAGAUGGCCACGCGACGACAGGCUGAGCACGAGAGCGGUUUCUAUGAGCAGCCUACCAAUGAAACACAUUUCACGGGCGGUAACUCGUCCACCAGUAGUGUUGGCAGUGCCAAACGCACUCGACAACCUUCUGGCGAACAGUAUAUGAAUGGUGGCCGCAGCAAGCGGCAAAAAGUGAAUAUAGGUGCCCCCAAUAUCUCUGCGUUGCCCGCUAGCGCUCAUAUAGCUGCGCAUGGCCAAAGCAAAUCGCACAGGCAAGGGCCUAUCACCGUAACAACUAAUAAUAAACAAGAACAGCGUAAUCAAUACUAUGCCAACAACAAUAACAAUAACAAACGUUAUGUACUUCCUCAAAUACCUCCACAACAAGCGCAGCAUCAACAAGUUAGCCACACUUCGGCAAACAAAAAGACGACAGCGAAUAACAAUAACAACAAUAAUAUAAAUAGCAACAAAAACAGCUACUAUGUGCAACUAACAGCAAAAAUGAAUGUAUUACCCGUGGCAGAGACUAUCGAAGUACCUGAUAGCAGCGAUAGUGAUGAUGACACUAAGGUGAAUAGAAGAGCAGUGAUAAGUGGAAGCAGCAAGGAGCGGCAAGCGAACGGCGGUGACGGUGGCAUGCCAACGCUUAUUGUUAGCGGCAGCAGUAGCAGCAACAGCAACUGCCAGUCGAAUGCCCCGCACCAUCAACAACAACAACAACAGCAGGUUCAGAACAAAUUCAAGUAUGAGCAACAACAGCAAGAGUUGAGCGUAAAUGGUGCAAGUAGUAGCGGUCAGGCCGCGAGUAAAAAUAGGGAAAUUAGCCGUAAAGGUGAUGCCUCCAACAGCAGCAACAAUGUCGAAUUGGAACGAAUGCAACGUGAAAUUGAGGAAGUUACUCAGGUUCACACCAAAUGUACAGCAAUGGAAGAGGAAAAAGUGAAUUUAUCACAUUUCAAGCUGAUACGUGUACUUGGAACGGGGGCCUAUGGUAAGGUUUUUCUGGUGCGUAAGAUUGGCGGCGAUGAUGACAUGACGUUGUACGCCAUGAAGGUGUUAAAGAAGGACACUGUGGUGCAAAAGAAGAAGACAGCGGAGCACACCACAACCGAACGACAAGUUCUUGAGGCUAUACAACAAAGUCCAUUCCUGGUUGGCAUGCAUUAUGCAUUCCAAACGGAUUCGAAAUUGUAUUUGAUUUUGGAUUAUGUCAGUGGUGGUGAAUUAUUUACACAUCUCUAUACAGCCGAAUAUUUCUCGGUGGCAACGGUACGCAUUUACAUUGCCGAAGUGGUGCUGGCUUUGGAGCAUCUGCAUAAACUGGGUAUCAUAUAUCGCGAUAUAAAACUUGAAAAUAUCUUACUAGAUGGUCAGGGUCACAUAGUAUUGGCCGAUUUUGGGCUAUCAAAAAUAUUCGAACCUGAUUCAGAUCAUCGUGCGCAUAGUUUCUGUGGUACACUAGAAUAUAUGGCGCCAGAAAUUAUACGGGCUGGCCCGACGGGACAUGAUCUCGCUGCCGAUUGGUGGUCUGUGGGCGUGCUCACCUAUGAAUUGCUCACUGGCGCCUCGCCUUUCACCGUUGUCGAACAACAAAACUCUCAAGUAGACAUAUCUCGUCGCAUACAAAAAGUCGAUCCGGUACUACCAUCGACUCUUAAUGAUACAGUUAAGGACUUUAUAUUGAAAAUGCUUCAUAAGGAUCCCAAAAAGCGUUUAGGUGGAAACAGCAAAAACGCUGCCGAAAUCAAAAAGCAUCCCUUCUUCAAAGGAAUCGACUGGGAUGAGCUGAAGAGUAAAAGGCGAAAAGCUCCAUUCAAACCGAAAUUGGAUAGCGAGGAUGAUACCCAAAACUUUAGCGAAGAAUUCACUAAACAGCCAGUGAUCGAUUCACCAGCACCGGUUCCUGUCAAUACACAUAGACUGUUUCGUGGCUACUCGUACGUGGCACCGCAACACUUAAAGUCACUUAGAGCGACGCAAAACGUAUACGACGUUGAGUAUUGCAAAAACCCAGUUAUGACUCCCUCGCCUUGUCCACCCACUCUACAAUUAAAAAGCCUUUUGAGUAACGGCAGCUUCGGCAGUUGCUACAUCCUCAACGACAGCGAAAGGCAUUUGAAUCACGUUGCGAAAGUUAUAUCCGAAAAACUGUAUCGGCCCGCUGAAGUGGACGCUCUGAGAUCGUGCAGUCAUAGAAAUAUCUGUAAAUAUGUGAAUACGUACCGCAACGGCUCAAACAUUUGGAUUGUGAUGGAGUAUGUUGCUGGCGGUGAACUGCAACAGUUCAUACAUGCAUCUGGAGGUCUCUCUGAAUCUCAGAGCUGUGAUAUUUUCCUACAAAUUUGUGAUGCUGUGCAAUAUUUGCACUCAAAGAAUUUCAUACAUGGUGAUUUGAAACCGGAAAAUAUACUGUUUGCCGACACGCAAAUGAAACGUAUAAAAUUGGUGGAUUUCGGUUCAGCCAGCUACAAUUCGAGCGCCGCAACUUGGCAGGAUGUGCCCCGUUACACGCUGGACUAUGCACCACCCGAAAGUUUAGCAAACGCACAAUGCUCAACGUACUCGAAAGCCUACGACAUUUGGUGCCUCGGCGCAACUCUCUAUGCAAUGUAUAUGGGUCAUCCGCCGUUCAGACGCAACCAAAUCGAGCAAAUCCAUGAUCGUAUAGUGAAGCAGCGCAUUUUAGACGGUGAUAUACAAAAUAAGUCCUCACGUUGGAAGAAUGCUAAACCAGCAAUGAAACAGCUAAUUGUGGACUUCUGUUUGCAAAGUGAACCAGCUAAGCGAACGUCCAUUGAAGGGUUACUAGGUCAUCAAUUCCUUUGUGCUAAAUUCGAUGAACUGCAAAAGGUACUACGGCGUUUGAACCGUCAACAAUCGGAUGAUACAGAGAAUUCUGAUGUUGAAGAGGUGAUUGCAACUGAAACAGAUGCAUUAUCUGAGAAAGUGGAAGUGAAAAAUGAAGACGCACUAAUAGAAGAAAAUAUUUCGUGCACGAGUGAAGAGCAGCAUGAGAAUGCUGAUGUUGCCUAUGGAGAGGUGGAAGGUUUGGCUGCGGUUGCUGAACUAAAUGAAACGUUCAUUGCUGAAGAGAUAGAGGAAAUUUCGCAAGAGCAACAGCCAGCAGUGAUGGCCGCAGUUGAUGAAUCUGUCAAUUAUACAGAAUGGCAAGCCACCGCAUCAGCUUUGUGCGCAACACAAGAAUCGGAUACACAGUCGACACACGAAGGACUCGAAUCAGAAGGUGACACAACUAGCGGUCUGGGCCGCAGUAAGUCCUCUGACCACAUGUUGAUCGAACGACAGACUUUAAGCGUAAAUAGUUUGAAAGGGCUGGAAGCAAGUGGAGAACAAAUUGAGGCCGGAGAACUCACAAAACUGGACUAUGUUAUUAGUGAAAAGACUGUAAGCGCAGACGAGUUGAAUGAUAGUAUGCUAGAGGAGGAGGUGGAUGAACAAGGAUUUACUGGCUUUGAUGAGGAAGAAAUUGUGGAACGUAAAGUUAAUUACAUUGAUAUACUUUUAACACAGAUUGAACAGAAUAAAGCUGCCACAAUUGAAGUUGAUAAUAAUGAAAUCGACAAUGUAGCAGCGCUAACAAAGACUGAACCAGUCGUUGAAGAGACAAAUGAAGCUAUAAGUGCAAUUAAUGAAAACGAUGGUACUAAGGUUAAGACAACCUUUAAUGAUACGAAUGCCCAAGCCAAUAAGGUAAAUACAUCGGUGAGAUCUAUGGAACCGAAUGAGCAGUCGGAAGAUUUGCGAUCGAACAAAAAACGGCAACGAAAUGUAACACAAGUGCGCGCGAAUAGGCCAUUGAGUGUUAGGAAAUGUAAGACUGGCGCAAGAAGAAAAGGAGGCGUACCACUACCGAAAAUGGAGGAGUCAAAGGAAAACAUACACGAAGAAGUAGAAAAAAUUGCGAUUGGAAAAGACAUGAAGCCAAAGAAAGAGGUCGGCGGAGCAGUCGUAGAUGUUUUGGAGGAAAACUACGAAAAUAAAAACAAAACCGAACUAUCAUUGGCAGCGCAGUCCAAAACAAUACAGUCGCGUCGUAUGCGGCGUAGUAUACGUGUACCUACGCAUGAUGAUGAAAAUAACUGGUUAGGCCUACCAACGCAGCUACGAGCGAAGUAUGCACAACGUUUCAAAGCACGUUUCCGGGUAUUCACGCUGCUGCUGUUCAGUACGCAGAAUGCAUUACGUUACUUUAAAAUCGAGCGUCGUUACUACGAAUACGACAAUGCGCAAGAACAGGACACGGCAAUGGCAAUUAAUAAGGAAGUAGUAACGGAACUGCAACAGCAUAAAAUCGAAGGAUGUGAUAAGCAAGAAAAUAACAUUAAAAACACAAAGAAACCGCUUCACAAGCAAAUAGCUGACGAAGUUUUUUCAACCACAUCAAAGGGAACUUUCAAAGCGAUGACAACCAACGCAGCGCACGAAAAACGGCAAACACAUGCAAACAGUCGCGGAGCAAGCCGCAGUCAGCAAGCCACACAUGCAAGUAGCAGCAGCAGCAACGAUGUUGUGCCUCCAGCGACCUUGCACCUGCUACCGGCAGGCACGCUGCGUUCGUUACGUCAACGUCACGUAUACAAAUGAUUGGCGCAUUCAUUGUUAAUCAUGGUGGAUCUAGAAUUCAUAGUGGGCUAUAGAUGUGGCCAGAUUGCAGAUAAAUAUCACAUAUUAAAUUUUGACAUUUUUAUAAGUUAUUAUUAUAUAUUCAGUUAUGCGCUGAUUUAAAUCCAACGGAAAUAACAGGCUGUUAUAACGGUCCUGCGUUGAACAAAAGCGCAAAGGGGAUUAAAUGCGAAAAAACUGUUUUAGUGUUUCUAUGAACUUUUCCAUAAUGUAAAUAACAUUUAAAAUGACGAUUGCAAGCAUUGCUUUAAAUGUCUUAAAAACCAGUAGAAUUCGAAAGAUUUUUGUUUUGAUGAUGUGGUGUAUUAUAAAGAAAUAGUUUAUAUAGAAGUUAAUUUUAAGAAUAGUCGGGUUGCUAAAAUAAAUAAUUUCUAACAAACGGGCUUCAACCGUUGACUUGAUUUUAUAUUUCAUAUUAUAAUAUGGACUCUAAGUUAAAAUACAGCCAAGCUUUUCUAUCUAAUGAAAAAACAAACAAAAAUAUAAAUAUACAUUUAGAACAGCCGGAUGCAGUGAUUGAUGAAGUAACUCAGGUAUAUAAAUAUAAAACCACAAAAGGCUGCACCAAUCUCGACUAGCGAUUUCUUCCUACUUUCCUUUUUUUUUCUCUUCCUCUUCCUCUUCCUUUUAUAAUCAGUUUUACUAAAUCGCAUUUAAUUACCCUUCUUCUGCGCACAUUCAACAUAUUUUUUUUUUAUUUAUAAAUUAAUUGUAUGUUAUUACAAGUACUAAAACAGAUAUUAGUAUUUAAUGUGAUGAAUGCAGCACGGGAAAAGCUUAUUGUACAUAAAAUUCAAUUUGAACAGAAUUCAAAGAUGUGAGCAAUAAUACAUAAAAGCAAAUAAAUAUCUAAAUAUACCGAAGAAACUUGAAAGCAAAAGUUAUGAUAAUAACUGCUGUUAAGCAAAUAAGGAAAAACUCAGUGUUUUCUUUCUUAGUAAUAAUAUUUGUACGAAACCAAAAAAAGCAAGUUGAAAACAUGUGAAUGAAUAAAGUUAUAGGAAAAUAAAAACAGACCACUAGAAACAAUUGAAUUUGGGGGAAAAUCGCCAAAAAACAUUAGUGGCAGAAUUAUGGCCAGCAACCAGACAAAAUAAUGCGUGUAUACAAUAAUUUCCAUUAAUUAUUAAUAUAGCGAAUUUGUACAAUUUGCAACUAAUAUUAGUAUAUAUUAGAUAAAUAUAAAAUUAAAAAACAUAAUGUUUUAAGAAGACCAAAACAAUUUUAAUUGUCUAUUGAAACAACAAAACUAAGCAACAGUCAGCAUAGGAAAUAAAAUGUACGAGUACGCGUAAUAAUAGACUUAAAAUUAAAAAAUAUUACACGGGUCUGCAAAAAAAUGGGUUCGGAAUGUUCUAUAAAAGUGUAGUGUCAUUUCCGAAGUAAUUUUUUGCGUAGAAUCCGAAUUCGGGGUUUAAAUUGCUCUAUCACGUCAGGACUUUGAGAUAUCCUAACCUAAAAGUGCAAAAAACGCUGUUUUUGCCCAUUUUUGAGGUUAUGUAGCUACGAAGAUUUCGCUCUUCAUAAAAAAGUGGACGUGGUAUUUUAAAUUAUAAGUCUUCCUCUUUUAAAUGCCGUUGCAUUUUGAAGUUUUUUUUAUUUUUUUUUUGUGCGACUAUGUAAUCGACAGUGUCACGUCUCAUGUUAUCUCAAUGGAUUUUCGAAUAUCGAAAAAUUCACAAACAUGGAAACUUCAAAAUGCGAUAUCUCAGUGAAAAAUAAAGAUAUUUAAGCAAACUCAACGGUAUUUUAAAGAGGAAGACUUAUACUUUAAAAUACUAUGUUUACUUUUUUAUGAAGAGCAAAAUCUGCGUAGCUACAUAACCUCAAAAAUGGGCAUAAACAGCGUUUUUGCACUUUUAGGUUAGGAUAUCUCAAAAUCGUGACUUGAUAGAGCAAUUUAAACCCCGGAUUCGGAUUCUACGCAAAAAAUUACUUCGAAAAUGACCCAACACUUUGCUAGAACAAAACGUUGUUGACCUGUGUUAUUAUUCUUAAAUAUAUUAAAUUUUAAUAUACGAAUAAUUUGGAAAUAAAAUGUAUUUUAGGUCAACAACUAUGUACUGACUAAUAACAGCAGGCAGUCUUAUUUUAGACAUGUCUUAUAGUGAAAUGGUAUGAAGCUGAUUGGUAUGAGAAACGGUAACUUUAGUUAACAUUAAACAGUAAUUUUUGUAACCGCUAAAAAGGAAGUCGCGUAGCAAAUUGAUUAUUUUAAGGAAUGGCGGAUUUUUUUUUCUUUAAAUUAGGCAUUUACAAAAUUUUCAAACACGACCCGAAUUUAAAUUCUCAACUCAUCGUUAUAUGUGAUUCUGAAAAUUUGCUAUUGCUUAACUUUAAAAUGAGCGUAGAAGCUAUCAUAACAAAAGUACCGAUUGCUUGCGUUUUAAUGUCAAUAAGCAUGGCGACGCAAUUAGAUUGCGAUCAAGGCGCAUUCGUUAAAGGUGGUGGGUGGCACUGACCAACAACAAUGUUUUGUACUUUUGAUUGUCAAAGCAAAGUAGAAAACAAAGAAUUAAUUCGCAGCCACAUGGACACUGCGAAAAAAUAACCAGCUGAUUUAGCUAUACCACCUUUAAUAGAUUCGCCUUGGUGAUGCCGUAAAAAACAGAAUUACCGAUUACUUGCGUUGUUAUGUAAAUGAGCACGGCGACGCAGUUAGAUAGCGAUUUAGAAAUUUUAAAGUAGAACUUUUUUUUUCAAGCGAAACUCAUGGAAAACUGUUAUUCAUGCCUUUAUAACAGUAUAUUUUUAUUCUUCCGUAAUUUCUUUUAUGAAAUGUUUCCGUUUCUUCGCUU